CCAGCCCAGCCUUAUCAGAGCAGAGGAGCGAGUGACACAUUUAGAGUGCAUCGCAUAUCCUCUCGCUCUCGCACCAGCCGCCGUCGUUCCCCACCCCCUCCCUCGCCGCCGGCGCCACCGCGCCGCCGCAGCGCCAUGCUCCGGCUCCGUACGUGCGUCCUCGACCACCUCAUCUCCUCUCCAGCUACCUCUCCCGUAUCCUCUCUCCACCGUCUCGUCUCCGCCGCCGCGCUCGCCGUUUCCCCAAACCCUAGCUUCGCCGUGGAGGAGUACCUCGUCUCCACCUGCGGCCUCACCCGAUCCCAGGCCCUCAAGGCCUCCGCCAAGCUUUCCCACCUCAAGUCCCCCGCCAAUCCCGACGCCGUGCUCGCCCUCCUCGCCGGCCUCGGCCUCUCCACCACCGACAUCGCCGCUCUCGUCGCCAGGGACCCGCUGCUCCUCUGCGCCCAAGUGGAGAAAACCCUGGCCCCCAACGUGGCGGGGCUCACCGGCCUCGGUCUCUCGCGUUCGGAGGUCGCACGCCUCGCCUCGAUUGGCCCCGAGAGAUUCCGCUCUAGAUCCAUCGUCUCCAAGCUGCACUACUACUUGCCUCUCUUUGGGUCCUCUGAGUACCUCCUCCGGGCCCUCAAGAGGAACUUCUACCUUCUCUCCGCUGACCUCGACGAUGUGGUUAAGCCCAAUGUCGCUUAUCUGCAGGAGUGCGGGCUAGGUGCUUGUGAUAUUGCCAAGCUAUGCAGCCGUCAACCAUGGAUUGUCACCGCCAACCUGGAGCGUGUCCAGGCGAUGGUGGAAUGCGCUGAAAACAUAGGUGUGCCCCGUGCCUCUGGGAUGUUCAGGCACGCGCUGCACGCUGUUGCAUUUCUCAGCGAGGACAAGAUCGCAGCCAGGGUGAACUACUUGAAGAACACCUUCAGCUGGACGGAUGCUGAGGUAGGCAUGGCUGUUUCUAAGGCUCCAACUGUGCUGGCGAGGUCCAAGGAGUCGCUGCAGCGCAGGUCUGAGUUCCUCAUCUCCGAGGUGGGCUUGGAACCGGUGUACAUUGCUCAACGGUCGGAAAUAAUCGGUCACAACCUAGAGGGCCGGCUCAGGCCCCGGUACUAUGCUGUGAAGUUUCUCAAGGAAAAUGGAUUGCUCAAGCGUGACCCAAACUACAGUACCGUUUUCAAGAUUAGUGAGAAGGCAUUCAGGAAGAAGUUCAUAUUCCCUCACAAGGAGGCUGCACCGCACCUCACAGAAGACUACGAUGCCGCUUGCAAGGGGGACGUGCCGACUAAUUUCAGAUUCACAUAAGCCAAGACGGGCUAUGAUGUAAUUGGGUGCUGGUUGUCUGCUGUUGUAUGACUGUUAGAUGCUGGGUUGGUCAUUGCUAACGUGUGAUGGGAUUGAUAAUUUGAUCCCCAAAUACUGGGUUAUGGAAAGGCUCCCGGGGGUAAAAAUUGAUUAUGUUGGAGAAGGACCUUAAAGAUGCAUCAUUGUUCAACUGCCAACUAUUUGUUGUUUCCAGUAAGACACAACCCUGUUGAAGUCUUGCAGUGAUUUUUGCUCCUAGGUUUCAUUAAGAUUUUGUCGCUUUGUUGGCAUUGAUAAAGGAUAUUUUGUCGCAGUUCAUGCAGUAAAUCUAUGUCAUACACUUGUGUGUUUAUAUGUUUCAUCAGGUUUGUCUGACCUAUAUGAUGAUAUCGAAGCCCAACUGUACAUUGACCUUGACUUGUUCUGCCCAGUGUAGAUGAUAAAACAGUUCCCCUUAUAAGUUGUGAUUGUUUGGAUUGCUAGCAGAUUCCUCUUUUAGCAUUUUCAAAUCUCUCAUCAUUCCUGUGCGUGUAUUUAAUUCUGUAACUAAAAUGGUAGGAUGCACAAGUUGACAUUUGGCAAUUGGCCAAGUAAGCUGUUAAGUUUAUUAGUCUACCACUUUUUUCUGAUGAUGUCUAACUUCUCAUGAACUCUUACAUUUAGUUUUAUAUCUAAAUUCUGGCUAUAGUUUAUGGAUUUCUCGAACGGUAAAGCACUAUGUUAGUAUUUCAUGAGAUAAUUUGCCAAUAAUAUAUUCGCAGUAGUGUUUGCAUUUGUGUCCAACGAGCCAGUGUUGCAAUCUACUCCCUCUGUAAAGAAAUACCUCUGAGAUGACCAUGGUGUAGCAUAAGACAGGUGGUAUUUCAUAGUGUAGCAUAAGACAGGUAGUGUCCCUACUAGAUUUACUUUGCUUUCAUUGUCAGGUGGUAAUGAAGAAAUACCUCUGAGAUGACCAUGUGCGCUUAGGGGAUGGGAGUCGAGUUCACUCACAAGAGAUGGGCCAUCAUCCUUUCUAGAAAGACUUUCCUCUGGAUAUAAAACCUAUUUCACAGGAUUUGUGAUCAAAAGAAUUGGAGUGUGUCCUUCCAACGAUUGCAUAUCAAUGCAGUCGAGAUAUAGCAGGCAAUCAAGUUUGCUAAAGGGUGAUAUGCUUAUGAUCUUAUGGAUGGAAGCCCUAGAGUUCAAUUGCCAGGACUUUCGCAAGAGUUAGGAUCAGCUGGCCCCGAGUGCAAAGAACUUCAAGAAACAA